AUGCUAGUCAAGAGCCGGAACGUCGCCGCGGACACACUCGUGUACGACCUAGAAGACAGUGUUGCAGAGCACCGUAAGGGCGCUGCGCAGCAUAUGGUCCUGCAGGCGCUGCAGGCGGCGCCAGAAAAGGGCCCCGAACUGGCCGUGCGCAUCAAUGCGCCGUCGACCCAGCGCGAGUUGGCCGAGGAAGAUCUCGAGGUUGUGCUGCAGAGCCACCGCGUGCAGGCCGUGGUCGUCCCCAAGGUCGAGAGUGUCGAUGACCUAGACGUUGUGGCCCGAGUGGCGCAACCCCUGUCGCAGUACACCCCCACCACACCGCUCGCGCUCGUGCUAUCGAUCGAAAGUGCGGCGGCGCUGCUGCACAUGCCCCAGAUGCUGGCGCAGGCGCAGGCGCGCAUGGACGACUGGGAGCACCGGAUAUCACUCGCCGCGCUCUUGUUCGCCAGCGAGGACUACUGUGCUGCCACACGCAUCAAGCGCACGCGCGACCGGCGAAGCCUGCUGUUUCCGCGCGCCCAGCUCGUCACGACGGCGCGUGCGUACGGUCUGCAGGCUAUUGAUAUGGUUUGCAUUGAGUACAAAGACAAGGCCUACUUGGAGGAUGAGUGUCGCGACGGUGCCGACCUUGGCUUUGAUGGGAAGCAGGUCAUCCACCCCGCCCAGCUUGAUGCUGUGAACCGCGCGUUUUCGCCGUCAGAGGAGGACAUUGGAUUUGCACAGGCCAUCUGGGACGCCUACCAGCGCGGCGUCGCGAACAACCAGGGCGCUGUGGGCCUGAUGCACCACGGACGCGAGCUCAUGAUCGAUGCGUACGUGCGCACUGCUCACGCCAGCCCGAUGCUCCUGCAGGCGCAGCAGACGCUGCAGCGCGCAGGCCUCCUGCCUAGUCGGUAG